CCCGGCGGGCGGCGGGGGCGGGCGCCGCGCGGGCCGCGCUGAUCGCAGCGCGCCAUUGGCCGCUGUCUGCGCGCACGUCACGAUCAUGAUGAGAAUUAAUGAUCGGGGCCGCUGAUUUCAUUGUGUGACGCCGGGACCGACCCAGCCGAGCCCGGCCGAGCCCGGAGCCCCCGCGCCGGCCCCGCGCUGCACGAUGAAUGUGCGUUCUGUAUUUACUGUAGAGCAACAAAGGAUAUUACAGCGUUACUAUGAAAAUGGAAUGACAAAUCAAAGUAAAAAUUGCUUUCAGCUCAUAUUACAGUGUGCACAAGAAACUAAACUGGAUUUCAGCGUGGUCAGGACGUGGGUUGGCAACAAGCGGCGGAAGAUGAGCAGCAAGAUCGCCGUGGAAUCUGGGGGCACCCCCCCAGCGACUGCCCCUGCCACUCCCUCCAUGCCCCCAGAAGCAGCGGUGAAAAAUGUGGUAAAUAUUGCUCGAUCCCAAAGCCAGCAAUCCUCUUGGACCUCUUCUAACAACGACGUGAUAGUGACCGGUAUCUACAGCCCGGCCAGAUCCUCGGGCUGGCCGGGAGCCUCCAAGCACACGAACGCCUCCGUGGCAGAGCUGCACAAAACCUCCAUCCCCCGGCUCCCGGGCAAGAGCGACGCAGACUUCCAGCAGCAGCACAUCCCUCUGGGACGGCAGGUACCCCACUGUAAAAACGCUUCCCUCUUGGUGGGGGAAAAGACCAUUAUUCUAUCCAGGCAAACGAGCGUGCUCAAUUCUGCAAACUCCAUCUACAGUCACACGAAGAAAAGCUACGGCAGCUCCUCGGUGCAGACGGCGGAGCUGGUGUUACCUCAGAAACCCAUGAUUUUCCACAGGCCCUGCAGGGCCGAGCCCUUGGCGUGCCAGCGCUUGCACAAACCCGAGCCCGCGGCCCUGGCGUCGCACGUGCCCCCCGGGCCGAGGGCUCACCCCAGGGACCCCGCGUGUGGCACGCAGAACCUGGAGAUCCGCGAGGUGUUCUCGCUGGCCGUCACGGACCAGCCGCAGCGGCUGGUGGCGGGCAGCGCGCCGCAGAAGCAGCCCUCGCCGGAGGGCAGCUGCCUGUCCAUCGCGAUGGAGACCGGCGACGUGGAGGACGAGUACGCCCGCGAGGAGGAGCUGGCCUCCAUGGGAGCGCAGAUCCACAGCUACUCCAGAUACUGUGAGGGCAGCGGCUCCGGCCGCGGGGACAACCAAAGCGCGGCCGCGCCGGGCCGCAGCGGGGGCUGUGGGGCACAGCCGGGCGGUGCCAGGGAUGUGCCUGACAAUCUCCUCUACCACAGCAGAGAGUUCCACCUGCCUGCACGGACCUCAUUGCACACAACAUCCAGCACGAUUUAUAACCCUGCCAAUGCAGCCAGAAGUACCUUUUCUCCUCAUUUUACAUCUUCAAGUCAACUGAGGCUGUCACAAAACCAAAAUAAUUACCAGAUUUCAGGAAACCUUACUGUGCCUUGGAUUACAGGUUGUUCCAGAAAAAGAGCAUUACAGGACCGCACACAAUUUAGUGACCGAGACUUAGCUACCCUAAAGAAAUACUGGGACAAUGGCAUGACCAGCCUGGGCUCAGUCUGCAGAGAGAAAAUUGAAGCUGUGGCUGCAGAAUUAAAUGUUGACUGUGAAAUAGUUCGGACUUGGAUUGGGAAUCGAAGACGGAAAUAUCGUUUAAUGGGGAUUGAGGUCCCACCCCCUAGAGGAGGUCCUGCUGAUUUCUCUGAUCAAUCUGAAUUUGUUUCUAAAUCAGCACUUAAUCCAGGAGAGGAAACUGCUACUGAAGUGGGGGAUGAUAAUGAUAGGAAUGAUGAAGUAUCAAUCUGCUUAUCUGAAGGAAGCUCACAAGAAGAGACAAAUGAAGCUCUUCAAAAUGAAGAAAUUGGCCACAAAGACGAUGACCAGAAUCCAGUUUCCACUGAUAAUGUGAAAAUAGAAAUUUUGGAUGAUGAGGAGAGUGAUCUGAUCAGCAAUUCUGAAGUGGAUCAGAUGAGUUCUCUUUUGGAUUACAAGAAUGAAGAAGUCAGGUUCAUCGAGAGCCAGCUGGAGAGCCACAAACAGAAAUAUUUUGAACUGCAGAUGUUUACCCGGAGUUUGAUACUUGCAAUUAAAUCAGAUGAUAAGGAACAGCAGCAGGCUCUGCUUUCAGACUUACCUCCUGAACUUGAAGAGAUGGAUUUCAACCACACCUCCCCGGAGCUCGACGAUACCUCAUUCAGCCUCUCGUCGCUGUCGGAGAAGAACGCCUCAGACAGUUUGUGAUCCCUGUUCUGCAGGAUCACAGACUCAGACAGUUUGUGAUCCCUGUUCUGCAGGAUCACAGACUCAGACAGUU